UUUUUUUUCCUCCCUCUCUCCCUUUCUUUUUCUCAUACAACAAAUAUGGCCAAUGUCAGAAGAGUGCGUUGGACGCAGCACGAUAACGAUAUGGAUGAAACACAAGAAUCUGCAGCUCCAUUUCCUAAUGGAUACAACACUACACCUUGGCCUUUUACUCAUUUUACUACACCACUCUCUCACAACCCUUAUUUAGAUGAAGAUGACUAUAGCGAUGACGAGGACCAAUCCAACAGCGAUGAAGAUGAUGAAUCAGCCUUCAAUCAACUCUAUGCUCGUAACCAAGCCGUAUCAGCCGUAGCACCCGAAAUAAGUCAUGAACGACUGGAAUGGCAACAAAUGCUUCAAUCUGUUCUUUUGGGUGAAGUCAUCAAGUCUGAAAAGAAACGAUUGUCGAGCUCAGACAAGUUUACGCAAGAGAAACCAACACAAGAAAUUUGGUUAUCGCUUCGUGCGUUGUUGCGUGGAAGAACCAUUUUACAGGAACAGAAAUCAUUGGAAGAGAACCGCAAAGAAAUCGAAGGUGUGCUACAAAUGGUGAUGGACUUCAAGAUCGAUCAGAACGAAGCAGAUUCAGCUCUAAGAAGAGUAGCCGAAGUGUUGAAGAAUGUCGAUCGCAUCGAAUCACUGUAUACAACGCGUGCAGCAUUGAUCCUUGCUCAUCCAAAAUACGGCUCAGUUGAAUUCCAGACCAAACUCGAUGCAUUGAAUUCAUGGUGUACUAUCACUCGCAGUCUAAGCAUGCAAUACAAAAUCCUCAGAAACUGGACUGGUUCGGAAGAUCUUCAGAUUGCUCGCAAAAAACCACAAGAGAUACAAGACGAUAAACGGAAUGAUAUCUCGUUUGUUGAACGACUCUUGAAAGAAUCAGCCCUUCAAGAUACAUUCGAUAAGCGUACAUUAUCUGCAUUGAAUCUGCUUUUACUCAAGUCAAAAGAAACCAUGAUUUACAAUGCAAAUCAGUUUAAAGAAAUGAAUUUGCCUUCUUUUAUCUCUCAACUUAGACAAUUGGCUUAUUUUCCUAUUUCUUUAGUAGAAGAAGCCUUAAAGCUUCGUUUAGAAUACAAGAAUCGUAUGCAAGAACCACCGAAGCAAAUGGUAGAUGCCAUGAUGGAAGAUUACCGUAGUUUGCUAUCGCUUGCUUGCCGAGUCAAAUGUCAAUACGAGGAACUCGCUAACUCAGCACCUGGCUGGAAACUUGACGAUAAUGAAGAGCCAUUUGAUCGCAACUAUGACAAUGUGUUGAUGGAAUCUGUGCGUUUCUACUUCAAGUUGAUUACAUGGAAAUUAAAGCUAGAAAAGGAAAAUAACCUCAGAGAAAAAGAAGUGAUGGAAAAAGAAUGGGCAUUUCUACAGGGCACAGUAUGUCAAGUUGUGGAUAAGGCUGAUUGGGAAUGUGCAGAGCAAUUUUGUUCUUUAACCAACCGUCUUUUGGCAGAUGUCAUGCAUGAUUAUAUUUCCAGCUUAAAAGUACCGCCUGAAUCAGUCGAUGGAGGCAUCGAAGUCAAAUACACCAAAUUACUACAUACCAUGCGAAUGCGUGCAAGAAAGCUAUUGCAGUUUGCCAGAUUUUUCAUGAGCCAGUUUGAAAACUCGGCUGAAUAUGUGCUUGAGAGUGAUCAUAUGGACAAAUUCGUGACAUGUCUUGUCGAAACAGGCCAUUUUUUGGUCUAUACAGGUUCAUUUGAAGAAGACAGAGUAUAUAUCAUUGCUUCUCCUUCUCUUUAUGGAAGAGAAGAAAUGAUCCAAACACUGAUUCGAUCUUGUUUUGCCAACAGUAAAGCACCACAACCUUCCACACCUUUAACACCCAGUGAACUCACGAUACAGAAUGGAGAAUACGAUGAUUAUAUCUUGAUAUUUUCACCAUGGCAAAAUAUUAUGUGGACAGGCGAAGUGGUUCAGGUACCAACAUCAUUUAUUCAUCUCGGUAUCAAGACAAGGCGAGUACGUCUCACGACAGGUGAUGCUCAAAAACUCAAUUCAGCCAAAUCAGCCUUUUGGUCUGCCGUACAACAUUCAGGCAUCGAAAUCAUUCAAGAACACCGUGCCCAUAUUCCUCGUAUCAAUAAGGAACUCUACAAGAUCAAAAUGACUGUCUUUAAGCUGGCUGACUCCACCAUUUCAAGUGUGAGUAUGAUCCGUGACCAAACACUAGGACUAGGGUGCCAAGAACUUGUAGAGGAAUGCUUUAGUUUUGCUAGUGAUUUCGGUAUUCGGGCCAGCAAGUUUCUGGAACUGGCUGUUCGGCUACAACUCGAUCUGAAGCUUGUCCGACUCGCAAUUGACUGGAUCUGUUUUAUCACGGAUGACUGUAUACCUUCUGAUCGAAAGACGUUUCGUUGGGCUGUAGCCGCAUUGGAAUUUGUACAUAUGAUGACACGCGGUGUGAAUAUUUUGGCCCUGACAGAGAAUGAGUUUGCUACCCUUCAGAGUAAAGUAGCGCGUUGUGUUGCUCUGCUGAUUUCUCACUUUGAUGUCUUGGGCACACGCUAUACCUAUGAACUCCAACUGAAAGAAGACCAACAACGUCGUCGUGGUCUCACAGCCAAGCGAAAUUCGUACAUGACAAGCAAGGGUUCAGACAAAGACAAUAUCACGACCAGUUCCACAUUUGGUGCUGCCAAUGACACUGCUAUCACAGGUGGAGGAGGCGUGAUCUAUAUCCGUGAUGCCUGGAUGCGCAAAAUCACUGAACUGGAAUCCAAACGGACUGAAGAUGAACAAGAGCGCAAGAUUAUUGGUAAAAUUCUCGAUGACCAAAAACCAGAAGAUCAGUCGCUUGUCUUCCUUGCUCCUUCGUCUUCCAAUAUCUCAUUCAAGUGGCAACAAGGUCGAUUUAUUGGUGCAGGUACGUUUGGUUCAGUCUAUUUGGCGAUCAAUUUGGAUACUUCGACUGUCAUGGCUGUCAAAGAAAUUCGAUUCCCAGAUUCAAGUUCACUUUCCGCUUUGCAUAAAUCUAUCAAGGAAGAAAUGAAAGUCAUGGAGAUGCUGCAUCACCGAAAUAUUGUACAAUACUAUGGCAUGGAAGUACACCGUGACCGUGUGUAUAUAUUUAUGGAAUACUGUGAAAAUGGUAGUCUAGGUGCUCUUUUGGAUCAUGGUGGGCGUAUUGAAGAUGAACUGUAUGUGGUAGACUAUGCUUACCAACUCCUCAGUGGUCUUGCUUAUUUGCACGGCAAUAAUAUUGUACACCGAGAUAUUAAACCAGAUAAUAUCUUGAUUGAUUAUCAGGGUCAAUUAAAGUUAUCAGAUUUUGGUGCAGCCAAAAUCUUGGCCAAGGGACAGAAGACCAUGGGAAGGACAACAGUGAAUAUGAAUGUCAACAGUUUAGCGGGUACACCUAUGUACAUGGCUCCUGAAGUUAUUACAGGUAGUAAUACAGGUCGAAAGGGAUCCAUGGAUAUCUGGUCACUCGGUUGUUGUAUUGUCCAGAUGGCUACAGGUCGUCGUCCUUGGAGUACACUGGAAAACGAAUGGUCUGUCAUGUACCAUGUAGUGACAGGUCAUCCCCCACUACCAGAUGCUUCUCAACUCUCAAGUCCUGGUAUUGAUUUCCUAAAGAAAUGCUUUGUGCGUGACCCCAAUAAGCGUCCUACAGCUGAAGAGCUUUUGAACCAUCCUUGGAUCACAAGUUAUUUAGAUAGUUAUAAUGAAGAGUCUCAAUUACCACCACCUACCCAAGAAGGAGAGACUGCUGAAGACAUAUUGGCGCAUGGGGAUGAAGGGUGGAUCAAUACAGCUCAUGAUUUAUCAGAAUACAAUCAUGAACCGCCUGCCAUGAUACGGUCUAUCAAUUCAGCUCAAUCGCUUGAACGUCCCUUGAUACGUAGUAUUCCAAACAGUCUAGCGAUUGAUGGCAUGGUGGCUAGUCAUGAAAAUGGUGCACAGGCACAAGCUUAUUUUCAAAAUAUAGCAGAACAACAUGCUAAAGAUGCACAAUGGGAUCCCAAUGCCUGAUAUAUAUAUAUAUAUAUAUUUAUAACACAAAUAAAUUUUCAUAAUAACUUAAGCCAGUUGGCCCUUCA